GACCAACAUCAAGUCGACAUCUUUGACCACAUUCCCAUUACGACACCGCAAAGAUGGCCCCAAACAACCUUCCCGCGGCAUUCAAUGCCACCGCCCAGGACAUUGAGAUGCUUCUGUCGGCUCAGUGCCACAUUGGCAGCAAGAACAUGCAGGUGCACAUGGAGCCAUACCUCUGGAAGACUCGCCCGGAUGGCAUCAAUGUGAUCAACAUUGGCAAGACCUGGGAGAAGAUUGUGCUCGCUGCCCGCAUUAUCGCGACCAUCGACAACCCAGCCGACAUCGCCGUCAUCUCCGCGCGUCCCUACGGUCAGCGUGCCGUCCUCAAGUUCGCCGCGCACACCGGUGCUUCGCCCAUUGCUGGUCGAUUCACCCCCGGUAACUUCACCAACUACAUCACACGCUCGUUCAAGGAGCCACGCUUGAUCAUCGUCACCGACCCGCGCACCGAUGCCCAGGCCAUCAAGGAGGCCUCUUACGUCAACAUCCCUGUCGUCGCCCUCUGUGACACCGACUCCCCCACCGAGUACGUCGAUGUCGCUAUCCCAACCAACAACAAGGGUCGUCACGCCAUUGGUCUGGUCUGGUGGAUGCUCGCCCGUGAGGUGCUCCGCCUCCGCGGCACUCUUGCGAGCCGCGAGGCUGAGUGGGACGUCAUGACCGAUUUGUACUUCUACCGCGACCCAGAAGCGGAGGAGAACAAGGAUGCCGCUCAGGACGAGACCAAGGCGCCAGGUGCCGACGAUGUUGGUGCAGGAGCUGUGGAGAGUGGAUUCAACAACGAGUGGGAGGUUGGCAACGCUACCGGUGGAAGUGCUUUCGCCGCCGCUUCCGGCACUGCUGGAGCUGCUGCGUCGUCGUCGUGGGAUGCUGAGGGUGCCGACUGGGCUGCUAGCAGCGCGCCCGUCGAGACCGGCAACCAGGGUUGGGCCGCCGAGGGCAACACCGGCGCUGCCACCCAGCCCGAGUCUGGCUGGUAAAUCGCUUUCGAGCGUUUUGCAUAUCUCCAUGUCCAUCGCACUCUUAUUCUGCUGCUUGCUGCUACAGGCUAGGAGGUGUAUCGGCGCUUACGAGGGAAAGAUACCUACCGUUGUAAUGAUGGUAGGGGAAAGCCCUGUGCUGGUCUCUUUGAAAGCGUAUACGUAAAGUUGCGCGGGUCUGUAGAUAGCGAGCUUCUCAAAAAGGAAACUUUCCUCAGGCAUUCAAAAAGUACUCUUUCACAGGCACUCC